AUGAAGUUCCAAAUUUGUUACGCAGCUGCUCUCUUGUGCACCGUAGUGUCCGCAGCCAACUCAACCAUCGGAUGUUAUUCUACUAUCAACUACGUAGUUAACGUCGGAGCUAAUGUUCUCCAGACCCCUCAACUUUGUUUAGAGUCCUGUUCUGGUUACAAGAUCAUUGCGCUCUACAAGGGUAACCAGUGUUACUGUUUGGAAAAUGAACCAACCUCAGGUGAAUCAUCUUCUGCAUCUUGUGAUAUCCCUUGUCCUGGUGAUAGUUCUUACAGUUGUGGUGGUUCUGCCUUCUAUAACGUUUAUGACAGUGAUCAAAUUCCAGUUUCUUCAUCUACUACGUCAUCUGCCACCAGCUCAGCUGUUUCCUCAUCUAGCACUUCUUCUUCUGCUAACUCCACCACCUCUAGUACCACCAGUGCUGCAUCCUCCGCAACUUCUGCUUCUGCCACUGCAACCAGUUCCUCAUCAAAGGCUGCUGCAGUUGCAUACGGUGCUGCUCCAAUUGAAGGUCUUUUCGGAUUGGUUGCUUCAUUCCUUUUACUUUAG